AUGAGUGAACCCCCACAGGCCAUGAGCUACAGUUGUACAAUAGUGCAAAAUGAGACAUCAGACGCCAACUUUAUGAGCAGUGUAGCAGCAAUGAAGAAGAUGCCAAAAACAUUUAGGACCCGGCCAGCUCGAUCAGUAAUGUUGCCGCGCCGCCUUGGUGGUGGACAUCGAAAUCCCCCACUCAAAGUGCAUGUGUAUUACACAGGAAUCAGCUUUCCAUGCUCCCAGAGCUUAGAUGGAAUUUGUGUUGCUUUAAACUGCUCUAAGUCAAGAACCCAAAUAGUGGGAGACUGCAACCACACUGCAACCUGGUGUUUGCUGGAUGGAGAGACUAUAUUCCACAACAACAACACAAGCCUGUUUUACCUAAGACCAUCUGGUUGUUGUUGGUCACCAUUAGUGAGAUCUCAAAGGAAAGCAGAAAACCUUCAGUUUACUUUUUCCUUAUUGGCGGAUUUGAGAAAUCGCUCAGAUAAUGUAGCACUCAACGCACCCCCUCAACCACCUCUACUACCCAUCUUAAGGGUGCCUCAGAAUUGCACUGCCAAGUAUAACCUUACCAUAUAUGAGAAGGAUGGUGAUAUUCUGAGAUGUCGUUAUGGACAAAAGAUAAGACAUGAAUGUGCCCACUGUACCCAGCUGCCAUUCUUCAUGUUAGACCAGGAAAGCUGCGUCCUUCAUUAUAAUGGUCGUGGGACAUAUGGGACAUACAGCUUAGAAUUGAUUAUUGAAGACUAUCCAGGAGAAGCCACUGCCCUGACACACGGUGAUGGCACACAGACCCUGCACUCUGCUUUUGAAGAGGCUUCAACCACAUCAUUCAAUCAAAGCACUAAAGUCUUUAGCUCCAUUCCGAUGCAAUUUGUGAUCAUUGUGGACAGGUCAAUAUCACAAUGUGCAUUGGGAAUAUUCCGUCCCAUGUUUGUUCAUCCAACGCCUCCAAAUGGAGCAAGAAUACCUGCUUCACUUUAUGAUGAAGUUACUUUUACAAUAAGUGCCAUCAGUCUAAAUGAAAGAAUCACAGGCUUUACAAUAGUGGGUCCCCAUGGAUUACACAAAUCAGAUAUUUGGAGUGUUAACGGUGACAGAUCUGUGUCGACAAAUAUUUCUUGGUCAGUGGGAGUUCAUGAUGGUCCAAAGCAAGUUGCAGUGUGCUUUCUCUCAGUAACUUCAACAGGGCUACAGUCAGAACCACAGUGCAUUUGGAUUGUCCUAAACGUGGGCUUACAUGAUGAACCAUCACUAGUUGGCCAAGAUCUCCAGUGCUCAACAAAUGCAAUGGUUCUGUCUGUCCCAAGACGUUUGGUGGCCAACUUGCCAGAGAGUAACCUGCAGCUCAAUGAUGCAUCUUGUAAUAUCACUGGUAAUACCACUCAUCUCCUGGUGAAGAUCCCGCUUUCUGGAUGUGGUACUAAAUUACUGGAAGAUGAAUCCCACUAUAUCUUCACAAAUAAACUCAUCAGCCGGAGCAGAAAUACAAUUUGGGCAGAUAGAGAGAAGGUGGCCAUCCCAGUGACAUGUAAAUUCCAGCGAUUAAAUAAUGGCAGUAAAGAAACCAGCUUAUUGAAGACUGCUACAGAGAAGGUAUUUGGAGACUACAGCUUUGAGAUUCAGUUCAGUAAACAGUACAACUCCAGCAGGAAAUCAGCCAAGGCCCACGCUCCAUUUGGUGCUACCAAAAAGGACCAUUUAUACAUAAGCAUCAUUGUCAAGAGCAAUGUGACUACCCUCUCACUCUAUGUGGAGUCUUGCCAGAUGUCAGAAUAUAACUCUUCAGCAGGAAUUACACUUUUACAUCAAGGCUGCUUAAAUAACAGCACGACAGAGGAACAUCAAACCGGAAAUAGUAAAGAAAAAGUGUACUCCAUAAAACUGUCCUCCUUACCACACCAUACUUCACAGGUGUUUGUUACUUGCAAUGUCCAGUUAUGUGCCAAUGCAUAUAAUUCCACACCAUGUGCCCUGGGAUGUGGUUCUGACAAUAGUUCACAAAUGGAACAGUCGGGCAUGCAGCAAGUCACUGCAGGACCCAUUUGCAUCCAAAAGGAGAGCGACUCUGGUCCUAAUUAUGCUGCUAUCACUGUUGGCCUAACGUUGGGAGGCACGGUGGUCUAUGUCGUUCUCAUCUUGUUGAAGAGAUCAUUCAUGGGACUACAUUACAGGAGUGUAACUAGACAUUCCAAUCGGACUAGAUCAUUUUGUUAAAAGAAACUGAACAGAGAAGCACUGGAAUGUACCUGUUUUAACAUCUGUUCAUUGGUACUCACCUCCUACAACUCCCUCUACUGGCAGUUAGAGGCCUCAUAGCCUACACUGGCUGAUGUCAAAAUCACUUUUGCUCACUUUGGAUUUUGAAUGGAUUUGUGUUUUACUUUCAGGGUUUGAACGCAUUUUUAAAUUUUUGC